UGGUCACCAAUUGUCGGUGCCCUCUAUGAACCAAAAUACUAACUUCUUUCAUAAUUUAGAAAUUUCGGUUCUCGUUCGUUCGAAUACGGCCAUUACGUAUGAAUGCGAUGUAACCGUUUCAGUGAUGUGUGAUUUGAAAGUUAUCGAAAAAUGGUGAAACGGUGUUUUAUAGAAGAUUGUUGUACUGGAAGAGACCAAGAAAAUGGUCCAGCUAAACAAAACAGCACAGUUGACUUUUGAAUGCAGAGUUUGUUUGAACACUUAUCAGAGUAAGAGGGAACUGAAUUCCCAUUUGCAUGCUGCCCAACAUUUAAGAUCUCUUUCAAGAGCCACUCUACCUGAAAAUGAUCAGCAUUUUCCAAGCCGGAAACGAGUAUUUUUGGGAUUCAGUUGUAAAGUUUGCUCACAUCAAUUCGAGACACACAGUGAAUUAAGAAAACAUCUUUCAGACUUUGAUCAUCAUUGGACACCAAAACGAUCAAGGGAAAUGUCAAACCAAGACAGAAAUUCAUAUAAACACGAAAAUAACUCGAGGCGUCACAGGCAUCAAUCUUCCACCGAUGUAAGAUUAGACAAAUCUUUGGAUUGGCCAAAUCGAGAUCUCUUCGACGCAGAAAAUGAGAGAGCUAAGUCUAGUCUUUCUUUACGGUCGUAUGGAUCUACAGACCUGAUAUUGGAUACUCCUGUUACCAUGCUAGAAAAGAAUGCACGCAUAUUAAACGAUGGUAUUUAUAACUCCAGAACGGAGAAAACUUACGAGGUCAACGUGAAAGUACAUAAACAUUCUUCUAAUUAUGAAACAGACAACGAUCCUUCCUUUAUAACAAGUCCAGAUAACUCAGUUCUGUUGCAAUCUAAAGUGUCUAUUGAAGUGUCUUCUAUGUCCGAGAGCCAUAAAGGAGUGGCUGUUAUUCCGACCGAAUCGGCCACUCGGACAAAAGAUCCUCGUCAGAAUUUUUUGUGCAGCAGAUCAGAUGCAGUCAGAACACAACCUAAAAUUCAAAAUACCAGUGCGUCACAGACAACUCUAGAAGGCUGGCGCCUUACCAUUUUGAGUACAAUUGGUCUUACAGAGGAGUUAUUGUACCCUAUCGACCCAACUGAGAAGUACGACUUUGUCCUCACUGCCAGAUGGAACCAGGAUCCUUUGGAGCGCCUCUUUGGACAAAUUCGUGCAUUCGACACCCAUCCAACUGCAACGAGUUUCCUUCACAUCAUUCGAAUGAUGUCUCUUUACACGCCCGCUAAGACAAUGCUUAGAAACGCAAAUGUUGAAAAUGAUGCAUGCUAUCAAAAGAAAAAGCUAGUGUUCAAAAAAGUUUCAAACUCGGAACUACAGCGCAUGUAAAUACAAAGUAAUCUCAAUUAAA